UUUCAGAUUAAACUUGUGAAUGUCAGUGUUAAAUAUGAUGAUUGUGUUUCUGUCUCUGUGUCAAAUGCAGUUUCUCAUGUUUCAGUUCAAAGAAUCAGGAAGAAACUCAUCACCUACAACCCGAACACAGUCACACCUGAUCUGAAUACACUAUCUCUUCAAGAUGUUCGUCCAGCUCAAACCACAUUUCUGAAGAAAAACCACCGCAGCAGGUUUCAGUUUGACUGAACGACACUAAAACUAGCACAGAGAGAUCAGACACGAUUUGAACUUUGUACUUUUUUUUCAAAGACUAAAACUGAGAACUGAAUAAAUAUACACAAUUUUAAAAUCACAAUGGUUUAUUUACAUAUGUGACUUGAAGGAAACCAAAAGUAAUCAGAUUACAUUACUUUCAUAUUGUGGUGCUUGGAUUACGUCACUGGAUACUUUUUUAAGUAAGUGUGCAAAUGCAGCGAGUGAACAGGAGGGUCAAACUCUUGUGGGAGGAUUCACACCAGCUUGAAUGAUUUCAGCAGAUAGUUUUAUUAAAGCAGAUGCUGAACGAAUGAAGAAAAUGCUUCACAUGUUUGUUUUGUUCUGUUUGUACUGGAUGAGCCUGACUGGUGUGUUUGCUGCUGAAACAAAUAAAAUACUGUCAGUAAUGGAGGGAGAUUCUGUCACUUUAUACAUUGAUGAUACUGAAAUACAGAAAGGCGACAAUAUACUGUGGAAAUAUGGAGCUGAAAAGCAUGUUAUAGCUGAAAUCAGUAGAAAUUAUGGAUUGUUCAUCACAUAUAACGGCACUGAUGGGAGAUUCAGAGACAGACUGAAGCUAGACGAUCAAACUGGAUCUCUGACCAUCACAAACACCAGAGCUGAACAUGCUGGAGUUUAUCAACUAGAGAUAAGGGGAGUGGAUCUGACAUCAAAAACAUUCAAUGUUUCUGUCUAUGCUCGUCUGCCUGUUCCUGUCAUCAGCAGUAACUCUUCACAAUGUUCUUCAUCAUCAAAUUGUUCAUUGGUGUGUUCAGCUGUGAAUGUGAGUCAUGUGACUCUCUCCUGGUACAAAGGAAACAGUUUAUUGUCCAGCAUCAGUGCGUCUGAUCUCAGCAUUAGUCUCUCUCUACCUCUGGAGGUGGAAUAUCAGGAUAAAAACACCUACAGCUGUGUGCUGAACAAUUCAUUCACUAACCAAACAAGACAUCUGGACAUCACUCAACAUCACACAUGUGCAGUUCCUCCAGUCUCAGUCUCUCUGAUAGUGUUGAUCUCUGCUGGAUCUCUGUUGAUUAUAACUCUGUUCAGGAUCUUCUGUAUCUGCGGAAAAUGUAGAAAAACAGACCAACCAGUUCAGAUUUGUGAAGAUGAGAAAACUUCAGCCGUUCUGUUUCAUAAUCCAAUGCUCUACGAAAGAAACACACAUAAAUUGAGAGCUGAAGAGUACAGUCGUGUGGAGUAUAUGUCUGUCAGCAUGAGAAGAUGAUUCAGUCUUUACCAGAUCCAUCUGUGAUCAUUUUAUAGUAAACUCCUGCAGUCUAUAGUAUUAAUAUUGAGAUUGAUAUUAAGAUCAUCUCAAGACCUUGUUUUUGUUAUUUUUAAAAUAUAUCCAAUGUAUAAAUUUGGUCAUUUUAAGAAUAAGUCAAUGUGUAUUCCCUGUUGUAAUAUUUGUAACAUCAUGCAAUUGUUUGAUGGUUAUAGAUUUCUUUCGUUUUCAUCAGUUUUGAUGAGUAAAAAAAGGGAGAAACGCUGCUAACAGACGUAUUUUUUUUCAGUAUUAUAACAGCGCUGUUAUAACUGAGUAACAACACAUUUUGUUCCAAGGCUGUGAUCUAUUCUGUGACAAAUGGGAUUGGUUCAUGAAACAAAUCCUUCA